AGGUUGAAAAAUCUGUAUAUUUUUCUUUGCAGGAUGGUAGAUUACUGAUUCUUCAAUGUUUGUCCAGGACAUUGCAAUUUGCCAAGGACGUUAAUCUGAGUAAGGUGGCGAAAGAGACGGUGGGAUUCACUGGUGCCGACCUGCAGGCAGUCCUCUACACGGCCCAGAUGAAUUCAGUGGAACAUUUAUUGAACGAAGAGGCGGCGUCGGAGGCGGCUAUCAAUUCAGGCGACGUCAAUUUUAUCGCUCAAAAGCAUUUGGACGGCGCCGUUCAAACUACAAGGCCUUCGCUCACGAGGGAAGAAAAAUUGAAAUAUGAACGGAUUAUCGAUAAAUUCCAAGGGAAAUCCGAUCCUCAGGACUUCAAGCGUGCGAAGCAACGCGUCACCAUAGCGUAGGAUUUAAAUCCAUCUCUUCUAUCGACGAUUGAAAAUAGUUUGUUAUGUUUGGAAACAAAUGGUUGUUGUUAUUAAUAAAAUAGUAUUUUAUUCUUGUG